AACGAUUGAAAAUGAGUUCCAUCGAAGCUUGGUUUAGCGAUUGCGAAGAAGAGAAGGCUAGUGAUUUAGCUAUUCGAAGAAGAAGGAUUCGCGAUGCAUCCAAUCCAUUGGAUUUGCCAGAUGAAACCUUUGUACAGUACUUCCGUGUGUCCAAAGACCUAUUUUUGUACCUGCUAAACAUAUUGGAAGCUAAGAUCAAUCCACCAGUUGGGUCACAAGCCAUUCUACCAAUUUUUAAACUAUCCGUUGCCCUUAGAUUUUUUGCAGAAGGGGGAUAUCAGAGAGGAGCUGGCAACGAUUUGUUUGUUGGAAUGGCGCAACCAACCGUUUCAAAGGGGCUAAGUGAGGUGCUGGAUAUAUUUGAAGCAGUUGUUUGUCCACAAGUCAUCAAAUUUCCAUCAGGAGAUAGCGAGAAGAGCAGUAUAAAACAUGCAUUCUUCCAAAAAACUGGGUUUCCCGGUGUGAUUGGGUGCAUUGACGGCACCCAUAUCAAAAUUGUAGCACCUUCAAAGGACAAACACCUGUUUUAUAACAGGAAAGGAUUCUAUAGCAUUAAUGUGAUGUUGGUAUGCGAUCAUACAUUAAUGAUUCGCUACGUUGAUGCUAAUCAUCCAGGGUCAUCUCACGAUUCGUUUGUGUUUAAUGCCAGUUCGUUAAGUAGUUACCUAAACACUAGAUACGAACGGGGUGAAAGAAAUACCUGGUUGCUAGGUGAUGCGGGGUACCCUCUUAAACCAUUUCUGAUAACACCAUAUCGGACCGGAGCAAACGAUGAAAUUGAAAAACUUAGAUUCAACGAAAAACACUCUCGGACUCGGAUUACUGUAGAGAGAUCCAUCGGUGUUUUAAAGGCAACUUUUAGAUGCACAUUGGGUGCACGAGAGCUGCACUAUGGACCAGAAAAAGCUUCUCAGAUUGUAAAUGUUGUAUGUGCAUUACACAACUUACGAAUCAAGUUUAAUAUUAACUUGGACGAGGCAGUUGACAUUGAAACAGAUAACUCAUCAGAGAUCCCAUCUACUUACAAUGAUGAUGAUAGAAACGCUAACCGAAUUAGAGAUGACCUACUGAACUCAUUUAUGUAAGAGUCAAAUAGUUUCGAAAGAUUGAACU